AUGUCUUUCCUUGGAGGCGCCGAAUGCUCGACAGCGGGCAACCCGCUCAGCCAGUUUACGAAACACGUUCAGGACGACAAGAGUUUGCAGCAUGAUCGGCUCGUGGGCAGAGGCAACGCAGCGGCCGGUGGUUUCCGGAGCGCUGCUCACAAUGCUCCCCAAGAUGAGAUGAUGAAUGGCUUCCUCCACCAGUCCGCGGGGCUGCCCGAGAUGCCGAUGGAACAACAAGGACCGAUGGGCCAAGUGCAUCUCGACCACAACCACGGCGUCCACCUACGCGCUCGAUCCGGCUCGCCAAUGGGGCCUGGCUGGGCCCCUCCCGACGCACAGGCCGCGAUGGAAGCCGCCUUCAACGCGCCCGCAGGGACACAGUUUAGCCCGGAUGAGUUCGCCAAGUUCCAGCAGAUGAACGGGUCGACGGCACCGGGGGCCAGCAGCAGCGGCAUGAUGGGACAGGCACAGCGGCCGAUGAUGAUGGGCGGCGGCAUGGGCUUCAACAUGAUGCAGCAGCGCCCGAUGUUCCAGCCGAUGUACGGUGGGCCGCAGAUGCAGAUGGCACACCAGCAGCCGCCGCAGCAAGAGAUGGAGGGCAAGGGCAAGGGAAAGGUGGUGGAGUUAGACGAGGCCAAGUGGGAGGAGCAAUUCCGACACAUGGAGCUGCAGGACAAGCAGCAGACCGAGGCGAAGGACGAGGCGCUGGCGAUGGAGCCGGAGCUGAACGAGAUGGAUGAGAAGCUGAUGCACUCGGAGACGGGCUACGGCGACCUGGAAUCGAUAUGGCGCGGCAUCCAGGCGGAGCAGGACGAGCUGAAGAACCUGGACGACGUGGAGGAGAGCUUUGCCAAGUUUGACAGCUCGUACAUGAACAACGACAACCUCAAUGACUGGGGGCUUAGCGGCCGGUACGGCGCGGACCCGGUCAUCCAGGACUACAUGUUCGAGGAGGAGAACCUGUUCCAGAACCAGCCGAACCCGUUCGACGAAGGUGUGCGGAUCAUGAACGAGGGCGGCAACCUCUCGAUGGCGGCGCUCGCGUUCGAAGCGGCCGUGCAAAAGAACCCAGACCACGUCGACGCGUGGGUGUACCUCGGCAGCGCGCAGGCGCAGAACGAGAAGGAAGAGGCGGCGAUCCGGGCGCUCGAGCACGCGCUCAAGCUGGACCCCAACAACCUCCCCGCGCUCAUGGCGCUCGCGGUGUCCUACACCAACGAAGGCUACGACAGCACCGCCUACCGCACCCUCGAGCGCUGGCUCUCAGUCAAAUACCCAGCCAUCAUCGCGCCGACGGAACUCUCCGCAGCCGCCGAGAUGGGCUUCACCGACCGCGCCCAGCUCCAGCAGCGCAUCACACAACUCUUCCUCGCCGCGGCCCGCCUCGCCCCCGACGGCGACCACAUGGACCCCGACGUGCAAGUCGGCCUGGGCGUCCUUUUCUACGGCGCAGAGCAAUACGACAAAGCAGUCGACUGCUUCCAAGCAGCCCUCCACUCCUCCGAGCUCGGCACCUCCAACCAGCGGGAGCAAGUCCACCUGCUCUGGAACCGCCUCGGCGCCACGCUGGCCAACUCGGGCCGCUCCGAGGAGGCCAUCGCCGCCUACGAGAAGGCGCUGUCCAUGCACCCGAACUUUGUCCGCGCCCGCUACAACCUCGGCGUCUCGUGUAUUAAUAUUGGCUGUCACGCCGAGGCGGCGGGUCACUUGCUGGCUUCGCUGGAUAUGCACAAGAGUGUGGAGACUAGCGGAAGGGAGAAGGCGCGUGAGUUGCUUGGUGGUGGUGCUGGGGAGGGUGGUGCGGAGGGGUUGGAUGCGCGGAUUGAGGCGAUGACUACGCAGAAUAGGAGCACGACGUUGUAUGAUACGCUAAGAAGGGUGUUUACGCAGAUGGGUAGGCGGGAUUUGGCGGAGAAGGUGGUGGUUGGUGUGGAUCCGGGGGUGUUUAGGGGGGAGUUUGAUUUUUGA